GCACAUAUAAGCUCAGUGCAGGAGUACAGUGAAAGCACUCGGCUGGUAUCCUGAAGGUGCGACACCCCAACACACAGGGAACAAAUUGCAGCCCAUCUUCCCAGCUGGUGGAGAAAAUCACUGAGAAAGCACGGUGCUGACUUCAGCUAGUUCUGCUGAGCUGCUUCAAAGACCUUCUCGCCAAGUGGGUGAAACGAGCAAGUGAGCAGAAGGAGGAUGGCAGAAAUGGAGCCGAUGAAGGGGUGCCUGCUCAUGAACGGCAGUUGUGCGGGGAGUCAGAAAAGCAAAGCUGACAGCACGUGGAUUCUUCCCAACUUGCCCAGUAAGUGCACAUGGACAGCUGCAACGCCUGCCAGCAAGUCUCCACACUCCUGUAUGCCCUUGCAAGAAGAAACAAAGAUCUUGCCCAACAUCCUAAAGAAAAUUGGCUGCACCCCAAUGGUCAGAGUCAACAAGAUUGGGAAGUCCUAUGGGCUCAAGUGUGAGCUCUUGGCAAAAUGUGAGUACUUCAACGCAGGAGGCAGUGCGAAGGACCGCAUCAGCCUGAGGAUGGUGGAAGAUGCAGAGAGAGCUGGGAUUAUAAAACCAGGAGACACGCUGAUUGAACCCACUUCAGGAAACACAGGAAUCGGGCUGGCACUCGUAGCUGCAGUGAAAGGUUACCGCUGCAUCAUUGUCUUGCCGGAGAAAAUGAGCACGGAAAAGGUCGAUAUUCUGAAGGCGCUGGGUGUUGAAAUUGUGAGGACCCCAUGUGCACGCUUUGAUGCCCCAGAGUCUAACAUCCGUGUCGCCUGGAAGCUGAAAAGUGAAAUCCCAAACUCUCACAUCCUGGACCAGUACCGAAACCCAAGCAACCCCCUGGCUCAUUACGACACCACAGCUGAGGAGAUCCUGGAACAGUGUGAAGGCAAGGUCCACAUGGUGGUGAUUGGUUCUGGCACAGGAGGUACUGUCACUGGUGUCGCCAGGAAGCUGAAGGAGAAAUGUCCGGAGUGCAAGAUCAUUGGUGUAGAUCCCGAAGGCUCCAUUGUUGCUCUGCCCAGUGAGAUGAACAGGACGAACACUACAGUUGUUGAAGUGGAGGGCAUUGGGCAUGAUUUUAUUCCUACUGUCCUUGACAGAUCAGUGGUUGAUCAGUGGUAUAAAUGCAAUGACAGAGACUCAUUCCUUAUGUCUCGCAGGCUCAUCAGAGAAGAAGGAUUAUUGUGUGGCGGCAGCUCGGGCAGUGCCAUGUCUGUUGCUGUGCAGGCUGCCAAGGACCUGAAGGAAGGUCAGCGCUGUGUUGUCAUCUUGCCCGACUCCGUCAGGAACUACAUGUCCAAAUUUUUGAAUGAUAAAUGGAUGAUAAAAAACGGCUUCCUAAAUGACGUCCAGGAGAACAAGCCUUGGUGGUGGAACAUCAAGGUGCAGAAACUGAAUCUCUCAGCCCCUCUCAUUCUCCUCCCAGAAGUCAGCUGUCAAAAGGCAAUUGAGAUCCUCCAGGAGAAAGGAUACGAUCAAGCUCCUGUUGUUGCUGAAUCAGGACUUAUUUUGGGAAUGGUGACCCUCAGCAACACCCUCACCUCAGUGAUGGCUGGAAAAACACAGUUCUCAGAUCCUGUUACGAAUGUCAUCUAUGACCAGUUCUCAAAGAUUGGCCUAGAGGACAGCCUUGGGAAGCUUUCCUGCAUCCUGGAGAAUGACCAUUUUGCUAUCGUUGUACAUGAGCAAAUGCAGUUCAAUGGAAAUGGCAGUUCCUUCAUGAAGCAGACAGUGUUUGGUGUGGUCACAGCGAUGGACCUACUCGCCUUUGUCAGCAGAAAUGAGAAGAAGUAGCCCAGCAGCUUGGCUGUACCCACCUCAACUCCUCUGGCAGGGCCAGCGUCUCCCCGAGAGCCUGAAACACCUGGCUACGGGUGCUUUCUUAUCCACCUGAUAGUUUCUCAAAAUGACUAGGUGAAAAUUGUAAUGUAAUAACCAUUUGUCCACCAAAUGCCACCCAGAAUAUCACUAAAGAGAAGAUAACUAAAGAAAUUCCAUUUUUAAUAGCUGUGUUUGGCUACAUGGAGCUACCCAGGGCUGAAGAGGUAAUGCGGGGGGAGGAAUGGGAAGUAGAUGGUUACUAAUUCCCAGAUUUUAACAGUUAAUGAGGUUGGGUGUGUUUGCUAGCAGUAGCUACCUAUGCGCCGUGGGUGUUGUAGAUAUCACAGGUUGUCUGGUCUCAUCAGUGCUGGAGCCUGUCUCCACCAUGAGAAGCUCCAGCCCUCUUGAGGACUGGGGUGAAGCCAUGUCAUGGCUGCAUCCUCCUGCCCCUCUCCACCCCUCACAGGGAGGGUGGCAGGCACCCCUCAGAGACCUUCCUUCUCACCCCUGAUUCCAUUUGGAAGCCAAGGAGGCAGCUUCUUCCUCCAUUCCCCAGGGGUGAGUAGAGAGGUAGAGUCCUGGAGGAGCAAUGAGAGGAGCAGGUAAGACACAACAUCCUGGUAUGCAAAAGGUGAGGAGCUGGGCAGCAUGGGCAGGAGGGACGGGAAGAGGCAGCAGAGGGUUGUGGUGGACAGGGGGGAUGAGGUGAUGGGCAGGUGGGGAAUGAUGGCUCCUGUAGUGGCCACUGGCCUUUGAGGAAGCUGGUGGCACUGGCUGUCUCAUGCAGUAUCCUGGGAGAGGAGGCAGUGAACCAAAUCAAAUAGAAAGGAGACCUGUGAGAUCAAACUAAGCACUGUUGAAAUCUGGUUUGGGGCAGUUGUUCUCAAAAGACUCUAAGAGCUUUGCAUUCUUUCCAUAUGUCUUGAGAACUGCUCCAAGGGGACAAUAACCAGUUCUGGUUUUGGCUUGCUGCUAAGUGGCUGUUCCAUACUUUCAAUCUAAUCUAGUUUGUAAAAGACUUUUAUUAAAUAAUAGAAUGCUGAAGUAUUUAUAUUUAGGAAGAAUAUUUCUGCUGUCUUUUGUUUCCUGAGUGACACAAGCUAUAUCAGAUCUUCCUCGAGUUUUGCUUG